AUGUCGACCAGCCGCAAACUAAAGGGUCAUGGCACGAGGAGAAGCAAGAACCGAGCCCCUCACAAGGGUGUCAAGAGAGGUGCCCGCAAAAGAAAAUGCCCAAAGAGCAGUCUGAAGAGUAGGAAAAGGGGCAAUGAUGCCAGCCGCAAUUAUGGUUCCCACUUAUGA